CUCAUCCUCAGCUGGACAAUUACCGUUGGCAUUGGUGAAGAGCCACUAAGUUUUUUUUUUUCUCCAUCAGUAAGCGAGAGACACAGGGGGAGUUUUAGUCAUCCGCAGACAGGAGACCAGCGACGAGAGAGACACAGCGGUGGCUGAACCUGGUAUCCUCACCGAAUGUGGUCAUUAUCCUAGCCAGACCGUGCUCCAUACCUCGGCCAGGAAGCUUCUCUGCAGCGAGACUCCUACCCGGAUUCCCCUGAAGACCACCGGCCCCUUCCGGCACCAAAAUGAGGAUACUGAACUUCUUCUACAUCCUUCUCCUCCUUGCGACUUUCCUCUUGUUAGUUAAGGGGCAGAGACCAGAUUUCCUGAAUCUGAAGCGAAAGUACCACAGGCAUCACUGCCCACACAGAAGAUGCAUGCCUCUUCACUCAAGAGUACCAUUCCCCUGAAGCACCGAAUGUUGCAUGGUGAUUCUGGAACAUGCCGUCCCGAUGCCGUGUGGCAGCAGUGACCUCUGGGAAAGUCGUGGGGGGGGGGGGCACCCAGACUCAGCAGAAACCAACAAGCCAGAGAUUUCUCCUGGGAAGACAACUGCUACCACACCAAAAACUUCUUGGGUUUCCAAUUGAAAAAUUGUAAAUAAUGCAGAAAUAUGUUUUUCAGAUGCCAGCUUUUAUGUAUUUUGACUAUUUAACUACUGUGUUAUAAAAAUAUUCAGUGUAAAUACAUGCGCAUGUAUUACUUGUGAUGAAUCGCGAGGUCUUACGCUACAGCACACUCACAAACGUGAAGACCAACCAAAGAUUUAGGCUUUAUAUGAUCAGUGCAGACACAACAGCACAACUGAUGUCAGCAUAGAUCACACUACAUAAAUACAUGUAAAAAUGAUACGUUAAAUAUUGCUGUUGAGUUUACGCUACUAAAGCGUAGAUAAAGGUUUUAUUUAUAAACCCCCCCACGUAAAGGAAGGCAGAGAGUAGUUCAAAAUUGAAAGGUUGACAGAAAAACUGCACACAUUCUGGGAAAGUGUAGUUUGCCAUUUUAUAACAUACUCAAAUGUGUUUAUAUGCAAGUAACGCACUUGUUUAACUGAUGUAAUUUUAAUAAAUUGUGUAUACUCUU